AUGGCCGAACAACUAUUGAAUACUAAUGACUGUUCUAGUGAAAACAUAUUCAGAUUUAUGACAGGUUCUCCAAGACAACCCUCCGCAACCGUUUUUCCUUUUGGCAGCAUGCAGUUUACUCCCCAAGAUCUCGGGAAAAUGUUUACAAUCCAAGGACAAGUAACCUCAGACUCACCAGCACAAGAGCCACUGCCAGAACAGCAACCUCAGUUUAGGAAAAUAGUACGACCAAUACUGCCUUCACUAAAUACCGAUUUCACUCAAAUAUCAAUGAUACAGAAUAACUAUUAUAUGACAGCUUCCCCGGCAGAUAUUCCAGACUUCUCCUCCUCACACCAAAGAAGAGACAGUAAUGUCUCAGCAAUGUCAAUUCAAGGUGACAUACCCACUCACCACAGACGAGAUAGUAAUGUAUCUGCAAUAUCUAUGCAAUUAGAUACUCCCACUCCAAGCGAAAACGAAUCCUACAACGAUGAUGACCCCAACAAGCCAACAUUCUCGUUCCAAUUUAUACCAAAAUCUUUCUCGCGGCCCGGUACUCCCACAUCGGCUCCAUCUACACCUCCAAUGUACCCUACAAACCUAUUCACACCACCAACAACGCGGUCUACCCUUUUUUUAUCUAGUACGCCACAAUUAUUAAGAAGGUGUAGUAUGAGUGAUCUGAAUCUUGACAGUUCACCAAAUGGAUCGUUUUCAGAUUCGCGAAGUGAACGACCUUCACCUGUUUAUCGGCCUGUUAGGGCCAGGCGAGCGUCAUUGUUGCCAAAGAUAAAGUCGUUCACUCGGGUCGUAAAUGAACUUCAAGAGGAGGCCAGUCCAAUUGAAGCAGAGAUUAGGCAAGAAUAUAAAACCACAAAAGUGCUCAAAGGUGAACAUGGAAAGUCGACCGAUUGUAACCAGAGAAAAUCCGAGGAUUUUAUUGUAAAUUGGCUGAAAUUCCGUGACUUACAGCCCUCGCCGCCCCCUUCUACAGUUUCAAAAUUGAGCCCCGAGGUUGAGAUGAUGCGUCGCCAAGAUGUAACAUCACCCGUUCAGCCAAAUGUCGGAUUUAUUGCUGGACGAGUAAAGCGAAAGACCUCGGAUGACCGAUUUGGACCCUAUUUCAAUCCAAAGCGGCGUGCGGUAUCACCGGUUCCGUCUUCUCCCUCUCCCUCCCCAUCUGGAGUCAUGUCAUAUGGAUCGAAUUUAUCAACGACCUCGCAGAACAUCGCCGCAAUUAAGGAACCGUCAUAUAGGAAUAGUCACGAGGAUAAUGAUAUUAAGAACAGUCAUGAGGGUAACAAGGAUUAUGAGAAUGGAGGAAACAAUGGUGAUGCUGUCAGUAUUCAUGACACUAAUCGUAGGUUUAGUACAAUGAGCUUGAAUUGA